CCUGGAAGCCGGCUCACCCUUGCGCCUGUGGUAUCUUGAGCUUCGCAAUUUGAGCACGAGUUACCACUCUUCUAGCAGGAUCAUGGUGUUCUACUUCACCAGCAGCAGUGUUAACUCAUCUACUUACACUAUCUACAUGGGGAAGGAUAAAUAUGAAAAUGAAGAUCUGAUAAAGUAUGGCUGGCCUGAAGACAUUUGGUUUCACGUGGACAAACUCUCUUCGGCUCAUGUAUACCUUCGAUUGCAAAAGGGAGAGAAGAUAGAAGACAUUCCAAAGGAGGUUCUGAUGGACUGUGCCCACCUUGUGAAGGCCAAUAGCAUUUAAGGUUGCAAGAUGAACAACGUUAAUGUGGUAUACACACCAUGGUCUAACCUGAAGAAAACAGCUGACAUGGAUGUGGGGCAGAUAGGCUUUCACAGGCAGAAGGAUGUCAAAAUUGUGACAGUGGAGAAGAAAGUGAAUGAAAUCUUGAACCGAUUAGAAAAAACCAAAUCGGAGAAGUUUCCCGACCUAGCAGCAGAGAAAGAAGGUCGAGACCGUGAAGAGAGGAAUGAGAAAAAAGCCCAGAUUCAGGAAAUGAAAAGGACAGAGAAAGAAGAGAUGAAAAAGAAAAGGGAAAUGGAUGAACUUCGGAGCUACUCGUCACUAAUGAAAGUUGAGAAUAUGUCCUCAAAUAAAGAUGGUAACGAUUCGGAUGAGUUCAUGUGAGCUGAGCAAAGGACCCUGGGAAGACAUGAAUGUGCAGACCAUUACAGAUCUUUUGAUUUCAUCUAUGUUCUGAAUUACAGAAACCAACCAACCAAAAUCCUACCUUCAUUCUACAUA